CAUUGACGUCAAUCGUUGUUUGUGAUUGGUCAUAACCUUUUCCGGUGAGGCAUCCAUCCAUCCAAGGACUGUGGGAAAGCCAGUGUAAACGGAGUAAAACACGUCGACAAACUCAUCGAAGCGUCUCAGGUCACCAUGGCGUCCAGCAGUACGAGCAGUGAAGAAGAGAGGAGCUUGCGGGAGUGUGAGCGCUACGUGCAGAAGCACAACAUCCAGCAGCUGCUGAAGGAAUGCAUUGUGCAGCUGUGCACUGUCAGGCCUGAGAGGCCCAUGCUUUUCCUCAAAGAGUGCUUCGAGAGGCUUGAGAAGGAGGAAGCAAAACAGAUCAGCAACCAGCAGAAGUCGAGCUCUCGCUCAGACUCCCGAGAAGAUGAGGUUUCUCCUCCCAUGAAUCCUGUAGUUAAGGGCCGACGGCGCCGCGGUGCCAUCAGCGCAGAGGUCUACACUGAGGAAGAUGCAGCUUCUUAUGUCAGAAAGGUCAUUCCUAAAGACUACAAAACUAUGGCUGCCCUUGCUAAAGCGAUUGAAAAGAAUGUGCUUUUUGCCCAUCUUGACGACAACGAAAGAAGUGACAUAUUUGACGCUAUGUUCUCAGUCACCUACAUUGCAGGAGAGACUGUCAUUCAACAAGGGGAUGAGGGUGACAAUUUUUAUGUUAUUGAUCAAGGUGAAAUGGAUGUGUACGUCAACAAUGAGUGGGUGACCAGUAUUGGAGAGGGUGGCAGUUUUGGUGAGCUGGCUUUAAUCUACGGCACCCCCAGAGCAGCCACCGUCAGAGCAAAAACUAACGUCAAGCUGUGGGGAAUCGACAGAGACAGCUACAGGAGAAUACUCAUGGGAAGUACUCUGAGAAAGAGAAAAAUGUAUGAGGAAUUCCUUAGCAAGGUCUCCAUUUUGGAGUCUCUGGAUAAAUGGGAACGGUUGACGGUUGCUGACGCUCUCGAGACAGUCCAGUUUGAAGAUGGCCAGAAGAUUGUUGUCCAGGGUCAACCGGGAGAUGAGUUUUUCAUUAUCCUUGAGGGCUCGGCAGCAGUCCUGCAGCGGCGGUCGGAGAAUGAGGAAUUUGUGGAGGUCGGAAGACUCGCACCAUCUGACUACUUCGGUGAGAUCGCUCUGCUCAUGAACCGGCCUCGUGCUGCCACCGUGGUUGCUCGCGGCCCUCUGAAGUGCGUAAAACUUGACCGUCCCAGGUUCGAACGCGUGCUCGGCCCCUGCUCCGAUAUCCUGAAGAGAAACAUACAGCAGUACAACAGCUUCGUGUCUCUGUCGGUCUGAGCCACACUAGGCUCUUACCUCCUCAAUUGCAGGGUCCACCAAUGCAAAUUCGCUUUAUUUUCUUACUUUUCUUUAUGCAUUUUCCAACACCCAGGUGCCCAUUCACUUCAGUGUUCUCUCCCUGUCAGUCUGUUUUUUUUCUUUUUCGAUUUGUGCCGUACCCUGUCGCAUUUGUAUCCAUCCUAGAUUUACCAUAAGGCUGAUUGUUAGUUUUGCCUGAGAAACGAGCCAAUCGUUGUGCCACAGAUGCCUGUCAUGUGGACAGAUGUUGAAAUAACUAUCGGGAUUUUCUCUUGCAUCCAAAUUGCCUCAUGUUUCUGUAUAACAGUGUUUGGAAUGGAAGGAAAACAGUGGCAGGACUGAUAUUCAUGUAGUGUAUUUACUCAGUAUAUAAGGAUGUAUCUUAAUUGAGCCAUCGAGUUUCAGAAUCAGUUUUCCUUCAUUCAUUUCAAGCGUUUGAAUAUAGGGAAGCCAAAGGCAUAAAUUCAUGUGUGUUAUAUUGUUUUCUUGGGGGUACUGAAGUUAAAUUGUCACCAUGUUUAUCAUGGUGAUCAGCUUUGCUCUUUUAUUGUUAUAACUGCACACAUAUAGUGUAUGUAAAAGAUUAUAUAUUAGAAGUAAAUGACCAUAACCAUAUUUUUUGCACAGU